GCUGUUACUUACAAGCACUAUUCAAACUUCCCGUAUAAGCUAACUAAACUUGGUUCUCCGAUCUCAGCUCGCCCGCUGCGCAGCAUCGAAACACGCAAUCCUCUGCACUCGCGAUCACCCGUAUGGGACAAGCUGCGAAUAAGCGACAGUGAGCAUUUGAUAGCUCAAAAGCACAGCGGGAUGUCGAGGGACGGGUCGGAUGCAGCCGGUGCGGCGGGGCCGUCGCGCGCCACCGUGAACAAGAGGGGAGGCAAGUCGGACGCGGCCCCACGGGAGGCAAGCCGGACACCCGCGGCCAUCUUCGUCGCGGUGCUCAUAGGCGCAGCGGCUAUCUUUGCUGCAUAUAUGAUUCAGAAUAUGGAAGACACGGGGAAUGUCCGGGGCCCUGGCAAGUAUGCAGCAGCCAUACCUGCACUGCGUGCGGUUGCGGCGCAGCUGCUUCACCCUGAGAAGGGCAUCCUAGCAGCGGACGAGAGCCCCACGACCUUCGGCGCCAGACUUGCGGGCCACCCGAACAAGCCUACGCUGCGCCAGACGUGGCGCCGCAUCUUGCUCACAACCCCUGGACUCGCGACCCACAUCUCUGGCGUGAUCCUGCACGAGGAGACGUUUGCUCAGACCGCGGACCUGCAGGCCGCGCGCGCCGCUGGUGUGCUGCUCGGCAUCAAGCUGGACAACGGCACUGCGCCGAUGGGCCCAAAGCAGGCCGGCGAGCUGCACACACGGGGGCUCGGGGGGCUGGCUGGCCGCUGCACCACCUUCCACACGAAGCACGGCGCGUCGUUCGCCAAGUGGCGUGCCGUGUUCCGCGCGGGCGCCCACACCCCCAGCAAAGCCGCUAUCCGACGCAACUCAAAGGAUUUGGCAUCUUACGCUGCGGCGGCGCAAAAGUGCGGGCUGGUGCCCAUCAUUGAGCCCGAGGUGCUGGCGGACGGUGACCACGACCUGAGCAGAGCCGCCAACGCAUCCGCCCGGGUGCUUCGCGGCGUGUUCCGGGCUCUGAAGAAGCGCGGCGACGUGGACGUGGGUGCGGUGCUGCUCAAGGUGGCCAUGGUGACGCCCGGCAGCAGCAGCGUCAUGGCGGCCACUCCCGAGCAGGUGGGUUGAUCUGAUCGAUGGGUUGUUUUCACCAUUUCCAGUAACCCACAGACACGAAGACGCAGUACAAAACAUGGUGGCGGUGGCAUAAUCAGUCUGGCAUGAGUAACCCUGCAAGCCGCUCU